GAAAGAGAGUUCGUUUUACUUUGAGAAUAGCUGAGGGAGAUUCUAAUUAAUUAAUUAAUAUAAUAUGGGAAGUUGUUGGAGUUGUGUUGCUUCGGAUGAUCAGAGGCUAGCUGAUGCUGCGGCUACAGGGCAUCUCACUUCUCCUGCUUCUUCUUCAUCAUCUGCUGCAACAGCGGGGAUUUCACACACCACUAGCAACCUGACGACGGCAUCUUCAUCCUCGAUGGCUACUACCACCGGCUCCGGAGGGACGACAAGCGGUGGUAGUCGAUUCUCAACAGCAGCGGGAGCUUCUUCCGGCGGCGGCAGCGGCGAACACGACGACCCAUUGUCGUCGUCGUCUGAAGAGGGGCAGAUACUUCCCCACCCCAAUUUGAGAGUCUUCACUUUUGCCGAGCUCAGGGCUGCUACCAGAAACUUCAGGAAUGACACAUUGCUGGGAGAGGGCGGUUUUGGCAAGGUUCACAAGGGUUGGCUGCUUGACACCUGCAGGGGCGGGGGCAACUCCUCCUCCUCCUCUUCCUCCAAGAGCGGUGGCAGUGGAACCGCCAUUGCCGUGAAGAAGUUGAGUUCUGAGAGUUUGCAAGGCUACGAGGAGUGGGAGUCAGAAGUCAAUUUCCUGGGGUGUCUUUCCCAUCCGAACCUAGUGAAGCUCAUAGGAUACGGGUGGGAUGAGAGAGAACUGCUGCUUGUGUAUGAGUUUAUGCAAAAAGGAAGCCUAGAGAAUCAUCUCUUUGGAAGGGGUAGUGCAGUUCAGCCACUCCCAUGGGAGAUAAGGUUAAGAAUCCUGAUCGGUGCUGCUCGUGGUCUGGCCUUCCUUCACACUUCAGAGAAGCAAGUCAUCUAUAGAGAUUUCAAGGCCUCUAACAUUUUACUUGAUGGCUCAUAUAAUGCCAAGAUUUCGGACUUUGGUCUGGCAAAGUAUGGACCUUCAGCUAGCCAAUCACAUGUGACAACUCGGGUUAUGGGGACUGAAGGCUAUGCUGCCCCUGAGUACGUUGCAACAGGUCACCUGUAUGUGAAGAGUGACGUGUAUGGGUUUGGCAUGGUUCUGGUAGAAAUGCUUACAGGUUUGAGGGCUAUAGACCCCAAUCGUCCAAGGGAACAACAAACUCUGGUGAACUGGAUUAGGCCACAUCUAGCAGACAAGAGGAAGUUGAAGGAUAAGAUGGAUUCUCGAUUGGGAGGAAGGUAUCCUUCUGGAGCUGCACUCCAGAUUGCCCAACUUGCUCUUUCCUGUUUGGGAUCUGAGCCUAAGAUGAGACCUUCCAUGAAACAAGUAGUGGAGACCCUAGAACAAAUCGAGUCCACAAAUGAGAGACCCAAAGAGCCAAUAAGGCGACCAGCAAGGCCCGCUACUGCUGCUGCUAGCAGGAGGCAUCAACAUCGAUCACAACAACAACACAACUACUAAUCAUCGAUCAUAUAGGAUCUAACUAAUACAUCUCCAUGCUAUAUAAACAUCCAUGAAUGACUUUCCCCCCACUUGUGCAUGAAAUCACUCGCCUAAUUUGUUUCGAGUGUCUCAUGUUCGAUCACGUGUAGUUGCUUUGAUCGUAUAAUGUAAAUGAAGAAAUCACACAAAGUAAGAGUAAAACAUAUAUAGAUUUAUUCCCAAGAUAAGAGUGACAUGUUUUUAUUUCUAAAAAUAAAAUUAUUGCCUUGUU